AUGGAAAAAUUGAAAAACGAAUCAGAUUCCUGGGACUUGAGCAAAAAACUAUUGUUCAUCGACACAGACAACAAUUUCCUCCAGGAUCUAGCCACUAGUGGCAGGGAAAUUGCCGCCACACCCAGAUAUCAUCUCCAUGAAUUCUUAACAAGAAUCUACAAACACUACAACAUUGUCCUCUGGACUUCACAUUCCCUUUCGACGUUAAAAGAAGAAAUGAAGUCAUUGGGAAUUUGUGACAAUUCUCAAUACAAAAUCUCGUCCUGCCUGGACAGACAAUUAAUGACCAACGCCUGUGCCGUCCCUGGAAAAGUGAAAUUCGUCAAACAUCCGAGAAUCAUCUGGAAGAAAUUCCCCAACAUGUAUUCCGCCAAGAACACGGUGAUCAUCUCCAGUGAUAGAGUCAAGCGGGAUGAUAAGCAUGGAUUAAACGAGAGCCUACCAAGGCUCUCGGAGUAUCUCGAGUACAUCAGUAACGUCACGGAUUUUACGACCCUCGACCACUCAAACUGGGAAGAGCAAGAGAAGAGACGAAUUUAUCAGAGACCCUUGAUCGAGAAUUACAUCUCCUCGGUGAAAGACAUGAUUAACAACUACAAAGUCAAGCAACUCAACCCUUUGAGGCCUGAUAAAAACCUCUUGGUCCUGGACAUUGACAACACCAUCUUCGGAAUGAGGAAUAACGCGCCCUGGAAGCGUCCUCACCUGGAUGACUUCCUGAAACGAUCGUACGAGCACUACGACAUCGCCAUAUGGUCGGCGAGAAAGAUGAAGGGGAUCGAUCUUGUGAUGCACUGGCUGAAUGUGACAAACCACGAGGAUUACAAGAUAGCGUUUCAGAUGGACGGAGCAGCCAUGAUCAUGGUUGAAAUGACGGGCCUGGUUUCCAGGGCGAAGCCGUUACACGUCAUCUGGGGGAUGUUUCCUCAGUUCUCACCACGGAAUACCAUCAUGCUUGAUGAUCAGAAGGCUAAUUUUCUGAUGAAUCCGCAGUCUGGAUUGCUGAUCAAGGUAUUUCCCGGGCAGGAGGACCCUAGGGAAGACGAUGAAUUGUUGAAGCUCACUGAUUAUUUACGGUUGAUUGCUGAGAUGAAACAGGACUUUACGGGUUUUAAUCAUCAAAAUUGGAGGAAUUAUAUUCUAUCCUAG